UAUACAUCAAUAUAUACAAUUAUUGUUAGAAGGACAAGUUAAAAUGGAUACUGCUAACCAAAUUGCACAUUUCAUAUGGAAUAAAGAGAGUAAACAUACCAAACUUGAAAGCUUGAUUGAUGAUGAGGAUUUUAGUGAAAAUUGUAAAGAGUGGUUAAGGCAACAAAAACUGGAAGUACAUAUGCCUAGUAAUUUGAAAGCAUAUAUUGAGGAUACACUAUUUUCAAAAUUGAUUGGCCAUAUCAAAAAAGACACUAUAUCAGAGAGGAUGUGGGAGAAAGAAUACGUUCAAAUAACACAUGAUGAGUGUUAUUUCUAUGCUAAUGAUAGGCGGCGACGAAUUUGGAUUCAGAAAGACAAAAAUAUUUUGCGCCCAAAACAUCUGGAAUGUUCUAUAAUGGUGGAUGGAUAUUGGAAGGCGGAGCAUAUGCUUGACCAGCUUGAUUUUACAGGUACGAAUAUUAAUGAUUUAUUAAUAGAUCCACAAGAAGGUGCGACACUAGGGACUGUAUACUUUGCUUUUUCAGUUACUUUCUUAUUAUGGUGGUUUCAUGAAGGUUGGGAAAAAGGAUUUCCUAGGGGUCACGAAUAUAUUGCGGUUGCUGGAAUCAUUGCGAUGACAUUUGGUGACGCGAUGGCCAGUGUUAUUGGAAAGACGUAUGGAAGAAAUGGUUAUCAAUUGAUUGGAGCUGAAGGAAGUCGACGUACUUAUGAAGGAUCACUGGCAUUUUUUAUUGUGACUUUAGUAAUGGUUCCAUUCUUUUGGUGGUUAAUGUCUCCACCGGAAUUAACUACUACUGAAUAUUUUACAGGAGCACUUAUUUCUGCAUCUGUUGGUACUGCUUUAGAAUCUUUGAGUCCAUGGGGAACAGAUAACCUUUCAGUUCCAUUGGGGACAAUUAACAAAGUGGAUAAAGUAGCUAAUCCUGAAUGA